AUGCCACGAGCCCGAAAACGUGCUCUUACACAAGAACCAGAGCAACAAGGACAGGAAUCACAAAGAAGGAAAUUCGUCGCAAACACCAGCUGUCAGAGAUGCCACUCACAUAAAAUUAAAUGUUCCGGAGACCAGCCAUGUAUCAAAUGCCGUGCGGUGGGCGUCGCAGCUGAAUGCGCCUAUGCUACUCGGGAUCGCCAGGUGAAGGUCAGCGAAAACUAUCUCGAUCAACUUCUUGCAGAAAAUCAAUUGCUGAAGGAACGGUCGAUCGCCUCGGCUCAAGUUGCCGAGAUCAGCGACACCGUGCAAAGAGGCCCUUCACGGCAACCCGAUUCCUCUGACGGAACCGGCAUACAGAACCCGCUGAUUGGAGAUCGAGCCUGGUUCCAUCGAUAUGAUCCUUCCUCGCCACCCAUCUACAUCGGCGAAGCAGCAUGUUCGGCAUUCGCAACGCGCUUUCGGCGUUUCUUAUCGGGAAAUAGCGCAAUGCCACAUAUUCCCCGAACACAGUACGAACGCGAAGAGACGAUUGCAGCAGCGAACGAAGCCGAUAUCCAAUGGCCGAGCCUUCAUCAUGCUCGGUUGUUGGUCCGGAUAGCAAUUCACCAGAUCGGACAUCUGUACCACCUCAUGAUGCGCAAAUCCACGCUAGAUAAACUGGAAGAGAUCUACCAGACGCAAGAUUUUGACAACACGGCUAAUAAGUGCAAAUUCUUCGCUCUGUUCGCCUUUGGACAGGCGUACUCAAUUCGAUCGGAGCCCAAUUCUGGCUCCCGAGUACCUGGCACGUCGUACUUUGCUCGAGCAAUGGGGUUAGUGCAGAUCUUGCCGGAGAGAACGAGCGUCACACACUUGGAAACAUUGCUGUUGUUGUCUCUCUUUUCUUACUAUCUAAACCGACGUCACUCCGCAUACAUUUUAAUCGGGAAUGCUAUGCGAAUGGGCCUGACAAUCGGAUUGAACCACAAUAUCCCGGAGUCCCAGCUCAUUGACCCUGUUGAGCGCCAACACCGCAUCCAAAUAUGGUGGACAAUCUACAUCUUCGACCGAAUGUGGGGAUCCAAAAUGGGUCUCCCGAUGCAAAUCCUCGAUGAAGAUAUCCACGUCGACAUGCCAUCAACCAUCUCCCCACGCCGGCGCCACGAAGAAGAACUUUCCGAUACGGAGUACAUGACCGCCAACAUCAAGCUGGCACGUAUAGUCGGCGAAACAAUCACAAAACUAUACAGCCGACGGAAAUACCAAGAAACCUUCCUGCAACGCGUGCAGAAACUCCUCAAAGCCCUGAAAAACUGGGUAGAAACGCUCCCCGAAUCCCUCCGACUGAACAUGGAAGAGCUGGAAUCGAGCAAGAAACCCGUCGUCUCCCUGCACAUGGCCUUCAAUCAAUGCGUGAUCCUGACUACACGCCCAACGCUGCUACACCUCCUGAUGACACUGAGUAAAUCGAACAAAACCCACACGAACCUGAAUACUACCAGCGGCGCCGAGACCGAGCCCGAAUCCCUAUCCGUAUCGCAACCGGUUCUAACACUAAGCGAAGCAUGCAUCCACGCAGCGCGACACUCCCACUCCAUGAUCCUGACAAGAUGGAUCAACGGCUCCAUGCCGACCUUCGGCUAUUUCCACGCCCACUAUCUCUUCUCCUCAGCGCUCAUCCUGGCCAUGUCCAGCUUCGUCCCCAUCGGCAGUCCAACCGACAUGACAGGCUUCGAUUCCGGGCUGGAUCUGCUGCGAUCCAUGACUGAAAAUGGCAAUCUGGCUGCUGCGGAAUUCUACCAUAAUCUCGAGCAGGUGAAGGUUUGUCUAGAUGCGUACCGGGCGGCGAGGACGAGCGACGGGACUGGUGCUGGUGGGGGCGUUGCUUGUCAUACUACAGCGAAUGCAAAUGACAAUGCUUCCGUUGGAGCAGGAGCUCUGCGAGGGUCGUCGCCGGAAGUCAUAAAUGUAACUGAUACGCCUGUGAAUACCAUGUCGCUGAACUUGUCUGCAUCGGCGCCUGCUUCUAUCCCCGCGGUGAUGUCGGCGACGAAUGAUAUGAUCACUUCUGCAGCUACAUCUGCCCAGACUCACGGCCAUGGAAUUGAUGCGUAUGUCUAUCCGUCGAGGGAGGCUGUUGGCGGCUACACGACGGAAAUGGCGUUUUUGGAGCCAACUAUGCAGGAUUUCCUGGCACAGUCGGAUAUUGAUCUCGGGCUGUUGCAUCCUGUUGAUACGUUCUUCAAUGAGGCGGAGAAUCUGUACACAUGUCACGAAUUCUGA